UUGCAAAUGGCGGACGGCAAUAUCCGAUUUACCAUAGGCGUGCUAUUUUAUAGUAAAUUUACGUAUUUAAAAUAUAAGCCAAUAAAAGUAUGAAAUUUCUCGAACGUCAGAUUAUUGUAUAUGUCAAAUUAUUCAUCUUAUACUCGAAUGCAAUUUAAUAAAAAAACUAAUUGAAACUAUGAGCAAAAUUGAUUCUGAAGAAAAAUCACCUCUACUGUUUAUUGUAGAAGAUGAAGUUCCCGUAAAAAAUGGCUAUUUCGAAGGUCGUCGAUUUAAUGAUAUCACGGCGGGAGCAACGACAGUUUUAACGCAUUUUCCCAAUUAUAUUAGUUCGUGUUGGAUAGCGACGGCUCUGUCAGCUCUGAUAUUCUUCAUGAUGAUCUUACUGGUACUAUCGACUAUAACAGCGGCCAGUUUACGCGUACCUAGGUGCGCGGCUUCACCACGAACCGACAACACUACCAUCCAUUUAGUUCACGUACACGAUUCGUUCCAUCCGGACAAUCGAAGCGUCAAAUUCAUAAGGGAAAUCAUGGGGUUGUAUCCCGAUUACGAUAUGAGAUUAUUGGAAAUAUACGACAAAAAACGGCACGAUUACAACUUGGAGUCGAUGAGCACCGAAAUGAAUAUCGAGGAGAAUUCGAGUAUUAUCGAAAAUACAUCCGCGUCCGGUGUAUCGACGUCUAAAAGACAGAAGAUAUUGAAAAGAAGAAAGGAAAUAGAAGACGCCCAGAUGUUAUUGAAUAUGUUAUUGCACGCUAGAUUAGUCGAUAUAAACGAACCCGUAAAAACAACCCCUAAAUCUAUGAGUAGUACAAAAAAAUCGGUGGAAACUAUAGAAAAGUUAAUAGACGAUUACCCUAAGAUAACCUAUAAAAAUACGACUUAUCCCGAAGCAUUUUCCGACUCGCCCCUGUAUCCUCAUUACCUGAUUAUGGACGAUAAGUUGAAGGUGUUCGCGAUUCGAGUGCUACAAAUAUGGCAGUACGGCGGCAUCAGCUUCGACAUCGAAAACCCGAAUUUGGAUUUGCACGAACGCCAUUUUGUAAUACCGGAAAAAGUGGCGAACGGCGACGAGUUCGAGGAAACGGUCGUUGUCGACGAAAAGGCUUCGAGAUUGGAAAGUAAAGUGGCUUGCCACGCGUUCUUCGGACAGAUCUUGAUGAUUUUGAGGAAGGCCGAUAAACAUACGACCGUCAACGAAAUCAUGAGACGAACUAUCAAAAGUUUUUGUAAAAAUUACGCGGCUGGCUUGGAGAAUUGUAAAAAUUACGUGACUGUUUGAAAUAUUUUUUUAUAAAUAUAUUUUUUUAGUUUUCAAAA